UGGGUUUCGGAAUCUCUGUCGUCUCACACACUGCCCGCCAACUGAUUGUACUCUCUCCGUCUCUCCCACGCACAACCGCGCGGGUGUACCAAAAACCCUAGGUUGUUUCCCUAUUACUUUUUCUACAACAACUCUAUUAAGAUGGCCUUUCGAGAAGCUUUGUAGCUGCGGAGUCCGUCGCUUGAUAUUUACGAUUAUGGCUCACUCUGAAAUCCUUUCAAAAAACGGCGCUCAAAAGACGGAGUGGUCGGAGGAGUUCGAGCGCAUGCCCCUCAAACAGCGCCUCAAGUUGCUGUUCGCGAGCAAUCGCAUCUCCGUCGACUCGGAAUUGAAAUCUGAGCAACUUCAGAACAAAUGCCAUUUGGGAGAUUUUAACCAUGAAAAGGACUCUGAACAUAAGUGCGUGAAAUCAAGUCAUGUUCCUGCUGCUGGAGUAUCUGAGAAAGGUGGUUCAGUUGGGAGAAGUUCUCUUCAAGAAUCGCUGGUUGUUGAAAAUCCUAUCAAAGUGAAGACCGAAGAUGGUGAAAACGGUGUGGAGAGUUGUUUGGGGGCCUGUAUGAAUAUCUCAAACGGUGUUGGGAUCGAAGCUGAGACGAGGCUUGAAUUUCUGGACGAACUGGAUCAUGUGGUUCUAAAAGAACGACUAAGGAGGCUGGUAGCAAGUGAAAGCUUGGGAUUGUCUUCGCCAGUGCUGGAGGCAUCGUGUUAUCUAUCUGGUGAUAGUCGAAUUGUGCAAACUCCACAUAUACCGAGCUUAGCAAAUGUUAAAGUUGAACCUCCAAAUCCUGAUGAAUUUCGGAGUUCGAAUGUCAGUACUGUGGAUCAAAUGUCAUAUAGUAACUUUGUCCUUGUGAAAGCUGAAGUUCAGACUGCUGGUGAUGCACAUGAAGAUGACUUGGAUCAUAUGUUGUUGAGGGAGCGAAUGAAAUUGUUGUCAUCGAGAAAUGCUCCUAGUUUGAACACCGACCAAAGUCCAAAAUCUAUGAGCAAAAUGAUGUAUUCUGCCUCCGGUUGUAGACUAGAUCGAUCAAAAGAUUCAAAACCUGCCCAUCUGAAAAUCAACCGCCCAAGGAAAAGACGAAAAACUGCCACGGAUUCAGUUGAAACUGCAAUGGAAGAAGAUGCCCCUGGACUCUUGCAGGUAUUGAUUGACAAAGGUGUUACAGUUGAUGAAAUUAAGCUUUAUGGUGAACCAGAAAGCAAUGAUGCUUUGGAUGAUUCAUCCACGGAAGACAGCUUUGGGGAGCUCGAAGAAGUCAUAACAAAGCUUUUCUCUCAGAGGGAAUCUUUAUUGAAGUAUGCUCCAUUGCGAUGCUCAAAGGGGGAGAGGGUUAAUUACUGUUUGGAAUGUUUGUUCUCACUUGUGGAGCAGGCUCGAUAUUUACAGUUUCGACGUUGGCCGGUUGAAUGGGGAUGGUGCCGUGAUCUCCAAUCAUUUAUCUUUGUCUUUGAAAGGCACAACAGGAUAGUGCUUGAACGUCCCGAGUAUGGUUAUGCGACAUACUUUUUUGAAUUGGCAGAUUCAUUGCCUAUAGCUUGGCAAAUCAAACGACUAGUUACUGCAAUGAAGCUUACUAGCUGUAGUAGGAUUACUUUAAUUGAGAACAGAGCACUGAUGGUUGGUGAUGAUUUGAGCGAGGGAGAAGCAAAGGUGUUGAUGGAAUAUGGUUGGAUACCAAACACUGGUCUUGGCUCAAUGCUCAACUACUAUGACCGGGUUUUUCAUGACAGGAGGAAUGAGAAGGAUGGAUCUGAGUGGAGAUCGAAGAUUGGGAAGUUGCUUAUGGAUGGAUAUAACGGAGGUACCAUAAUCUCUACUGCUAUCCCUACAAAGGUCAUGGAAUACAAUGCUGCUAAUGCUGUGGAAAUUAAGCUAGAACUUAGUUGAGGUUAGUUUAAACUGUAAAUUUUUGUCAAUAUACAGAGCAGCAUGUAGUAGUUCCAGGUUCAUGAUUAGGUUUGAAACAGAAGAUACUUCUUUUGUUCUAACCUCUGUUCAAAUUAAUUAAUUGGAAAUUAGUAGAGGGAAUCACUUUUUUGUCAUCUGAAACUGUUUAUUACUCCUGGAUGAAAUUAUGAAAAGCUAUGCACUUUUUGUGCACCAGCCAUAUUAGACUCUGUAA